UAUUACUCGAUUCCUGGGAGUCGUGCCAAGGCGCGGAUGUACUUCUUGAAUCUCCGUCGACGAUGAGCGGAGUCCACAUUGCAGAGGCUCUCAAUAUACCCUACUUCCGUACUUUCACUAUGCCUUGGACCAAGACGUCCGACUUUCCUCAUGCAUUCCUCAGUCCGCCAGUCGACGCCCCUACAUUCAAUAGCGCUUCAUAUGUGCUAUUCACUAAUGUCAUGUGGGCGGCGACAUCGGGGCAAAUCAACCGCUGGCGGCGGCAGACUCUCAAGAUUGGAAAUACGGACAUGAACCAUCUCGCACAAUCGAAGAUUCCUUUCAUCUACAACUUUUCGCAAGCAGUGGUCCCCAAACCCUUGGACUGGAGUGACUCAAUCACAGUCUCCGGAUACUGGUUUCUGGACAAUCCCGAGGGUGUCAAUUGGACACCUCCGCAAGAUCUCGUCGAUUGGAUGGCCCAGGCACGGAAGGACGGCAAGCCCAUCGUUUACAUCGGAUUCGGAUCGAUCACAGUGCCGCAUCCGAACAAGACCACGGCGCGGAUCGUCAAGGCUGUUCUCGAGAGUACGAGCGUCUCCUGCUGCCCGAUUUUUAUCCGGGACUGAUUUUGCGUGGCAGGCGAUGUGCGGGCGAUCAUCUCCAAGGGCUGGUCGGCCCGGAUGAGCAAAGUGGACAAGGAUCCCGAGGUGGUGAUGCCCACGCAGUGUUAUGAGCUGGAGAAGAUCCCGCAUGACUGGCUGUUCCCCAAGAUAGACGCCGCUGUGCAUCACGGCGGUGCGGGCACCACGGGUGCUAGCCUAAGGGCGGGUAUUCCCACGCUGAUCAAGCCGUGGUUUGGAGACCAGUUCUUCUGGGCCAGUCGCGUGCAGAAGCUAGGCGCGGGAUUGAAGGUCUCCAGUUUGCACGGUCACGAGUUGGCUGACGCGUUGACGAAAGCUACGACCAGUCGGAUCAUGAAGGAGAAAGCUGCCGCAGUUGGCGAGAAGAUUAGGGCUGAAGAUGGCGUGCACACUGCCAUACAUACCAUUUACACUCUGUUACCCCGCGCUGGAGAGUACAUCGAGAAGAUCCGCGAGCAUUAACGCGGUUGUUGUUGCAGUAGCAUAUCACUACAUAAAUUAACCACUAAUGUUGUAUGUUCAUAGUUUUGCCUUAACCACCACUUUGUUCAGCCCGGAGAUGAUCUCUUCAACCUC